AUGGAAGAACUCUUUAGGGAUCUAGCUUAUUUGAUUCUGUUUUUUCUUAGUAAUUUUUAAAUUCUGUUUCUUUAUUUUUCGUUGAAAAAGUUUGUACGCCGGGAGAAGUUAUUUUUAAAUAAAAUUCUUUUGGGGAUAAUGAUAUUUAUUUUGUGUAAAAAGGGUAAAUAGAAAUUUAUGUUGAAAGCGGAUGUAAAUAAACAUAAUUAGCAAUUGUUAAAUAGGGAAAUUUCUUCGGUCAAUAAGCUUUUUUUAGCUCGAGAUCAAGAGAAAGCUCGGCUAAAAGUAUAACAGCUUCUCAUUUGUUAGUUUUAUCUUAAAACAUAUUUAUUUAAAUAUUAAAAGAAUACCCGAAAGAUUUUGAAAAAUAUUUGCUAAAUAAGGGAUGAAAUGAUAUUUUAUUAAUAAAAAGUAAAUACAUAAUGUUAUAGUUGUGGAGAAACAAAUCAUACAAUUAAAGAUUGUCAUUUUUUGCAUUAUUAUAGAAGCAAAGAACUUAUUAUUAUGAGAUAUAUUUAUAGUGCUCCGAAUAUUUAUAGAGUCCCUUUCAGAAGAAAACGAAAAAGAAUAAAAAAUUCAUUAACAAAUCUAAAAUAGACAAGAUAAAAUCUAUAAAAAAUACGACUUUCUUAUAUAUAUGAAGCGUUAAAAGAUAAUUUGGAAAAGAUUUCAUAAAAAGAAGAACCUAAUUUUUUUAAUGAUAAAUAAUUUUUUUUAAAUUGUAAAAGAUUUAAAUAUGUUAAUAAACAGGUGAUUGUUUUAAGUGAUGAGUCUUUUUCUUAAAGCGAUAGUGACGAUGUGGAAAAUUCAGAUGAUUAAUUUGAUGACAAUAAAUAAAUUUAUUCAAUUUAAGAAGAAGAUUUCGAUGACUCGAAACAUGUUUCAGUAUUAAACAAGAAAAAAUCAGUAUUUUAUUAAAAUUUUAUUACUAAAAAAAUUGUUAAGUAUUCUUCAAGUUUUGAUUAAAAUUAAUUAUCUCCUUCAAAUUCAUAUUAGUUUACUGAUAAAUAUUUAAAAGAGAAAAAUUAAAAAAAUAAAAAAGAGGAGGAAAUAGAAGAAAGUUGUGAACUUUUGGGAAAUUUUGUAAUCGAAGAAAAUUAAGAACAUUAAGAUAAUUAUCUUAAAUAAUUUAAUUUGGAUAAAAAGGAAGAGUAUGAAAAUUUAUCUUAAUAUAAAGAAUUAAAUAAAUUUAAUAUGCCGAAUAUAUAAAUUUUAAUUAAUGAUAAUAAUAUUUCUUAUGCAGAUACUGAUAAAACUAUGAGACAUAAACAAAAUAGUAUAAAUAGGAAAUUUGAAAAAAAGUAAAGAGGCUCUAAAUUAGAUAUUGAACAAGAAAGUAUAUUUAAAAAAAAUAAUAGGAAUUCUGUAAAGUCUUUAUAAUUGAUAAAUUUUAAAAAUACAAAUACUCCUUUAAGUAAAGGCGAUGUUGAUAAUUUAAAUAUAAGCUUUGCAAAAAUGCACAAUAAAAAUCUCCUUUCAUUAUCAAAUUCAAUUUCUAAUGUUAGAAAAGGAUCGUUACUAAAUAAUAAGAUUAAUAAUAAUAUAUUAAAUACUUCGAUAAUAUCUAAUAAUGUAUAAAUAGAAAAUGCAUAAUAAUAAUAAAUAUAACAAUAAUAAAAUAAUAAUUUAUAAAAUAAAUAACUAAAUGAAGAAUAUUUACUAUAGAGAUUAAAAGAACUACUAAGGUAAUAAGUACAUGAAAGAAUUUAAAAAAAAUAUAGAUGUUUCUAAUACAUUAGAUUUGCAAUAGAUAAAUUAAUUAGAAAAUGCUAUGUUUAUUUACGAUUUCGAUAUAAUGAAAGAGUACGAGUUUUAUUUUAAAUAUAGUAAUUUUUAAAAUGUUAUUAAAAAGUUAAAAAUAUUCAAAUAAAAAUAUAAGAAAAAUUAAAAAAUUUAACGAAAAAAAAAUUAAGGCAGAUCUUCUACAAUAAUUGUUUAUUAAAAAUAACUGAGUAAUAAAAUUUCAAAUACUAAUAAUAUAAAAGAAAUUAAUAAUUGAAAAAUAGUUUAAAAAUAUAUAUAUAUAUAUAUAAAUAAAAUAAAUAUAUAUAUAUAUAUAUUUAUAUAUUUUUAUUAUAUAUAUUUGUUUAUAUAAAUAUCUAUUUUGUAUAGUUCAUAAUAAAAAUAUAAAUAUAAAAAGUGUAAAAAAUUCAAUUAAUAUGCAAGUCAAUAAGCAACAAUUGCUUGCGUUUUUGA